UGGAAACAAAAGAGCCACGCAGGAGGGAAAGCCAUUAACUACAGAGAUGGUCACACCAAACCAAAAAAUUGUUUCACACUUUGCAACAAAAACAAAACGCCAACUCUUGUACAAAACGUUGAUCUAUUGACCUCUUAUCCUAACCAAGCCAAAAGUUUUGGCUGCCCCUCUGUGGUGUCGACAAAAAUGUCGAGAGCUGCCAUGCAUUUUCCUUUGUCUUUCCCUGAACCUGCAACCAAACAAGGAAAGUUCAAUGGCCUCUCUGAGUAUAUGCCCACGGCUCGUUCCUUGUGUAGCGAUCUUUCCAUUGUACUAGUUUGGUGAUUUCGUUAAAGUCAAAAUCUUGUUUGGGGAGUUAUAUAUAAUUGGGAGGUGGGGAAACUCUGUUCUUCAUUGUGCAGAGAGCAGAGAUCAUCAGAGAUCAAGCAUGCCAAGAAUGGAUCUUUAUUCAGCUGCAACAGAGGUCCUUGAUCAUCAUCAUCUUCCCCUGCAGAGACGCAAACGUUGUGCAGAGGUGAAAGUGGAUCAUGAUGAUCAUCACAACACCAUCACUGCCACAAAGAUGAAAAGAAAGAGGGAAACGCCACAAAUUUCUCCCAAGCUGCCCUCUUAUUCCCCUGGCAAAAGGAGCUCCAUUUACAGGGGAGUCAGCAGGCACCGAUGGACAGGGCGAUAUGAAGCUCAUCUGUGGGAUAAGAGCUCUUGGAAUGAAGCCCAAAAGAAGAAAGGAAAACAAGUUUAUCUUGGAGCUUAUGACGAAGAGGAAGCUGCUGCAAGAGCAUACGAUCUGGCAGCUCUCAAAUACUGGGGAGCAGCCGGAACUAUCAUAAACUUUCCUUUAUCAGAUUAUGUUAAUGAUCUUGAAGCAAUGGAGAAUGUCACAAGGGAGGAAUAUCUUGCAUCUCUUCGAAGGAAAAGCAGCGGUUUCUCCCGAGGGCUAUCAAAAUACCGUGGGGUCGCAAGGCACCAUCAGAAUGGCAGAUGGGAGGCUAGAAUUGGGAGGGUGUUUGGAAACAAGUACCUCUAUCUCGGAACAUAUAGUACACAAGAGGAGGCAGCUGCAGCAUAUGACAUUGCAGCCAUAGAGUACAGAGGACUGAAUGCUGUGACCAACUUUGAUCUGAGCUGUUAUCUGAGAUGGUUGAGGCCAUCACCAGACAUGGCUACAAAGUCACCAAAUAGUAACAGUGGUCCAAAUCUGUUACCUAAGCAUAUCCAAGAAUCCAUACAAUACAACUCAAGCACAAGGCCUUCCUACAGUGCCCUGCCUGCUGCUUCUACCAGUGUGAGUGUGAACAAGAGCACCCCAACAGUUAGCACACCACCAUCUUCUACAACUGCUUUGAAUCUCCUCCUGCAGUCAUCUGUAUUCAAAAAGAUGGUGGAGGAAACGGCUGUGGAGGGUCGGGAUUUUUCUUCUAGUGCCGCUGACUCAACAACAUCUGAACAUAACUGCAAUUUGUUGUUGAAUAACCAUCCAGAAAUUUCUGCUCACCCUGACCCAAAACCAUUUUCUUAUGGUUUUGAUGACCCAUUUACUUUCAUUGGGAAUGCACAGUUUGAUCCAGAUCAAACACGCAUAUCCUUUGAUCAAGAAUUAAUAUUUUAAAGAGUGCACCUUUGAAUGUAAAUUCAAAUCAUGGUGGCUUCCUUGGAAGAUUCAGCUGUCAAUGUAAAAAUGGAUACAUAUGCAUAUUCUCCUACACCAUAGAACUAUU